AUGUCCUGGAACGAUAUCAUCAACAACAAUCUUAUUGGUUCUGGAAAUGUGAGCAAAGCCGCCAUUCUUGGUUUUGAUGGAGCUGUGUGGGCAAAGAGUGACAACUUCAAUAUCUCUGUCGAGGAAGCUGUUGCUGCUGGAAAAGCUUUCACCGCCCUGGACGCCCUUCUCGGAACUGGACUUCGCUUAGAGGGACAGAAAUUCUUGGUCCUCAACGCUGACGAGGACAGAGUGAUUGGCAAGCAAGGUGGAUCUGGAUUCUUCAUUUAUAAGACUACAAAAGCCGUCAUCAUUGCUAUCUACGAGAAAGGACUCCAGCCAGAAAUGUGCAGCAAGACCACCGGAGCCCUCGCCGAUUACUUCAAGGGUAUCGGAUAUUAA